UUUGUUAACAAUAAGAGUACACUCGAGAGACGACAGAUCUCUCGUCCUCAAGAUGGUGCAUUCGUAUAAUUCAUCUGAAAUCCAGCAAGUCGAUUCAAGAAUUUACUCACCCUACUCGAGCUACCCUUCACAUCUGAAAGAUUAUCGUGAAGCUCUAGAACAAAUAUCCAGAGUUAAUGAUCGAAUAAAGGAACUCGAAGAGCGGAUGAUGAGACUAGAUGCCGCCAGGGCCAAACGCAAAGAAGAACUGAUGGAGGAUUUUAGGAAGAUCGACGAGGAGGAGGAAAGGAGAAAGACAGAGUUGCUUAGGAACAUUGAAGCACUUCAAAAGUUACUACUCCACAGCAAGCUUUGAGGAUCAAACAAGGGUUUUAAAAUAAAUGGAAUUCUGAGG